GCAUCUUCCGUUUCUGAUAACGUGCGUGUCCGUAAGCCCUACGUUCCUAAUUUGUUUUAACCUCGGACCUCCACGGCUUCCCGCAUUCGACCGAAUACCAAUCGUACGUGAUACACCACAUACCGAGCUUUAGAAGCUAUCGUCUCUCUUCCGUCCGGCAAUCGCAGGAAAUCGGACACACAAUACACCGGCAAUUGCAUACCUCGUCAACACCGCUACUCCCAGGUGUGCCUAAAUACAACCGAACCUAGUAACUCGUGGUCCGCGUGUUCCGAAUAACAUUUCAGCCAUGUACAAUAUCGGUCGCCUGGGACGCAACGUCUCGGAAAGCGUUCUCCGGACGGCGUCUGCGUCGUCGGUCCGUGGACUGCACGAAAUGCCCGACCAUCUGAAAGACGUGCCCACAGCUGAGAACCCGCGGUUCUUCGACAUGGUCGAGUAUUUUUUCCACCGCGCGUGUCAGGUUGCCGAGGACAAGCUCGUCGAAGACAUCAAAGCCAAGAUGUCUGUGGAAGACAAGAGGAAAAAAGUAAAGGGAAUUCUGCUGGGCAUGCAACCCUGCGAUCACAUAUUGGAGACUUCUUUUCCGGUUCGUAGGGAUAGCGGUGAUUACGAGAUGAUUACUGGAUAUCGUGCACAACACAGUACACAUAGGACACCUUGUAAAGGAGGUAUACGGUUUUCUUUGGAUGUGUCUCGUGAUGAAGUUAAAGCUUUAGCUGCUUUGAUGACUUUCAAGUGUGCAUGUGUUGAUGUACCAUUUGGUGGAGCUAAAGCCGGUAUUAAAAUAAAUCCAAAAAUUUAUUCAGAAAACGAAUUGGAACAAAUUACCAGACGUUUCACAUUGGAAUUGGCAAAAAAAGGAUUUAUUGGACCUGGUGUAGAUGUACCAGCUCCAGAUAUGGGAACUGGUGAACGUGAAAUGUCAUGGAUAGCUGAUACAUAUGCCAAAACUAUAGGUCAUUUAGACAUAAACGCACAUGCUUGUGUAACUGGCAAACCAAUUAAUCAAGGUGGUAUUCAUGGCCGAGUAUCAGCUACUGGUAGAGGUGUUUUUCAUGGGUUAGAAAAUUUCAUCAUGGAGGCAAAUUAUAUGAGCUUAAUUGGUACCACACCAGGAUGGGGUGGAAAAACCUUUAUUGUUCAAGGAUUUGGUAAUGUUGGUCUACAUUCAAUGCGUUACUUACAUAGAGCAGGUGCCACAUGUAUUGGUGUAAUUGAACAUGAUGGUGCUAUUCACAACCCAGAUGGAAUUGAUCCCAAAGCAUUAGAAGAUUGGAGAAUUGACAAUGGUACUAUUGUAGGUUUCCCAGGUGCUCAACCUUAUACAGGAGAAAAUCUUAUGUAUGAACCUUGUGAUAUAUUUGUACCUGCUGCCACAGAAAAAGUCAUUACAUCAGCUAAUGCUCAUAAAAUACAAGCAAAGAUUAUUGGUGAAGCUGCUAAUGGCCCAACAACCCCGGCUGCUGACAAAAUCUUAAUUGAUCGUAAUAUUUUGAUUGUGCCAGAUUUAUAUAUAAAUGCUGGUGGUGUAACUGUUUCAUUUUUUGAAUGGUUAAAGAAUUUAAACCAUGUUUCAUAUGGUCGUUUAACAUUCAAAUAUGAGCGGGAAUCAAACUAUCAUUUAUUGGAAUCUGUGCAAGAAUCACUAGAACGUCGUUUCGGUCGUGUAGGAGGAAGAAUUCCAGUUACUCCUUCUGAAUCUUUCCAGAAGCGUAUUUCAGGUGCUUCUGAAAAAGAUAUAGUGCACUCUGGUUUAGACUAUACAAUGGAACGUUCAGCUCGAGCUAUCAUGAAAACUGCCAUGAAAUACAACUUGGGUCUUGACCUGCGUACAGCUGCUUAUAUCAACUCCAUUGAGAAAAUUUUCACUACUUACAAGGAAGCUGGACAAACAUUCUAAGACAAUUAUUUUGAUGAAACCCAUAAGGAAUUUAGGUGUUGACAAACAUAAGCCAAAUUCAUAAUUAUUUAUUUUAAAAAAAACAUAAUUUCAAUCAAAUCAUCGUAUCUAGUUAGUUAUUCAUAAAUUACCAUUUUUUAUUUAUUUAUAAUAUCAAUUUUAAAAGUUCCUUUUUUAAGUAUAAUUUCAAUGCUGUUUGUUGUUAUAUGUUAUUUUAUCAUUUUGAUUCCAUUGAACUUGUCCUUAAAUCAUUGUUUAGUUUAUAGUAUUCUAUAUAUUAAAUAUAAUUAAAUUGUCUUAUGGAAUUAUAGACAGGUAAUCGUCUCAACUGGGAUGUAAAUUGUAAAAUAACAUUUAUGAAUUUGGCUAGUUGUUUUCAAUGUAUUUGAAGAAUGAAAAUGCUGUUAUACUAUUUAACUUAUUAUAAACUAUAAAGUUUAAGAAAAAUUCCAAUUAAAUUUUCCUUGUUACUUAUAA